AUGUCUGCCGACCGAGCUCAACCCGAGGAAACCGGGAGUCAUACUCCGACUUCAGAACAAAGAGAAGCUGAAGCUACUAGUAGUAGAGGGUCCGAGACAAGGGACCAAAAGCAAGCUUAUAAAGCAGAAGAAUUGAGCAAAGAAAAGAAACAAGCUGAAAGAGAAGCUCGGGUUUUCAGUAAAAGAUCAAUGGAAAAAUCUCAGUUUUCUGCUUCAAAGAAAUUAAAGAAAUACCAGGAUCGUUCUACCUCAGCCACUGGGUAUUCGGGUAGAGAGCGAGGUUUUCAACGCACUAAUCGAAGACCUUCCACUCCAUCAGUGACCAGUGUUGGCAGUGUUGGCACCCCUAAGCCGAGAUGUCAGUACUUUAACAAACUUCAUUUUGGUGAAUGCCGAUCAAAGAGCGGGGCUUGUUACCGAUGUGGUUCUUUCGAUCAUUUCCUCAGAGAUUGUCCAGAAAAAGGUGAAAAAGAAGUUGAAUGA